ACAACUCUAGCAAUUACGCUGUGCACACGCAAGACUUGCUUUGGACUUAUUAAAGAAAGCUUUUUGUGCAUGAACUGACCGUGGCCAGUUUUUGAGCACUGAGGCUCAUCCGGGACUGCACAAGAACUCCAUGGAUUUUGUCAACGACUUUGACUUGGUGAAGUUUGGCGUUAAGAAGGAGACUAUGCAGGGAAUGGAGCGAACCUUCGUGGGGCAGUGCAACCAGCUCCAAAGACCAGACUCUGUGUCCUCCACACCCGGUAGCACACCUUGCAACUCCGUCCCUUCAUCUCCGAAUCUUCAACUGAACGAGCCACGAGGACACGCGAGUGGCGACCAGUUCUGGAUGCACAGCGGCGCAUACCCACAGCAGAUGUACCCGCAGGCUUUUGGCUUGACGCCCGAGGACGCUGUGGAAGCACUGAUUGGAGCCACGGCACAGCAGGGCCCUCAUGCACAUCCACAGCAGCCACCAUUCCAGCCAGAGUACGAGAGCUACGGUCACAUGGGCGAGCCAGUGCACUACCCGGACCUGCAGAGCCACUGCCACGAGCCCUACCUGAAGGACGACCUGCGCAGCGCGUCCCCUCAGUCUCCGGAGCAAGUCCUGGGAGCUCAUCACGUCCCGCAGCAGCCACACAGUCGACACGACCGGCGCUCCAACGCAGACAUGCACUUCUCCGAUGAGCAGCUCGUGUCCAUGUCCGUGCGCGAACUUAACCGUCUGCUCCGGGGCCUGAGUAAAGACGAAGUGAUGCGGCUCAAACAGAAGCGCAGAACCCUGAAGAACCGCGGCUACGCGCAGUCAUGCCGCUACAAACGUGUACAGCAGAAGCAUAUUCUGGAGCAUGAGAAGAGCAGUCUCGUGUCACAAGUGGAGCAGCUCAAGCACGAGCUCAACAGACUAGUGCGCGAGCGGGACGCAUACAAACUCAAGUGCGAGAAACUGUCCGGGGCCAACUGCUUCCACGAGACGGGCUCUACAAGUGACAGCCCGUCGUCCCCCGAGUACCUCAUGUGAGGCCCGUGGGUUCUGUGACAGACUCUAUAGAGUGGACAGAGGACAUGCAUGCGGGCCAUGUGUGCCGGUUUAUACAGCCAUAGCCAGUGUAUUUUGUCUGACAGAUACUUGAAUCAGAGAAUAUUCCCUUUAAUCUUCAGUUACUGCCCAUCAGUGAUUCAGCUUUUUCAUUGUUUUGUUGUGUUUCUGUUGCCAAAGAACACUGCUAAUACAUGGCAUUAUUUUAAGAAGUUAUUUCUGCUGGACAGAUUAAGCAUUUUAUGUGUAUUUUUUAUCAUAAUUAUAAGAAUGGUGUUUGUUUUUUUUCCACUCGCUGUGU